GACACAGAGAGAGAGAGAGAGAGAGAGAGAGAGAAAGAGAGUAGAGAGUUUUUCGCCCGCGCCGAGGCCGAGAUCGGAGCCGAAAUCGGGGUCUGUGCCCGCGCGCGACAGGCAAGGGACGAUUCUCGCCCGCGUUCGUCUCGCAGCGAGAGCAUCUCACCGCAGGAUUCCUACGAUCGGACGCAGGUCUCGCUGCCCGCGAGGUGAUGGAGGUGGACGCGGAGAACGUCGGGAUGGACGUGACGGACGCGCUGACGAGGCCGGACGACGGCGGCGUCGUCGUCAGCGGCAACGACAUCGACGACGACGAGGCGCCCACCGUCGAGGAGACCUACGAGAUCACCACCACCAGGCGCAAGACCAUCCGCACCAGCUACAAGAUCCAGGAGACCUCCUCGUCGACGAAGAAGACCACCAUGACGACGGCGGCCAAGCUGUACGGCAAGGAUCUGAGCGAGUACGAUGACAUCGACGUGGAUCAGCUGCUGGCGGAGCUCACGCCGGAGGAGCUCAACAUGUUGGCCAAGGAAGUGGACCCUGACGACAGCUUCAUGCCGCCGUCGCAACGUUGCAGUUACGAAUGCAACAAGAGUCCCACGGGGCCGCUGAAUCGCAAGAAACUCAUCGAGCACAUCAACAAGCAAGCUAUGGAGACGCCCGAUAUUCCGGAAUUGAAGCCAUACGUACCUGGUGUAAUCAGGGGCAAGAAAUGGGUACCUCCGCCGCAAGACAACACGAAGGAGAAGGAGGCAGACGAACAGAUCGCGAUAGAUCUCGGGGAAGAGUACGAGCAGGCUCUUUCGGCCGCCAGCCAGGAAGAAAUCAUUGAUCUUGCUGCUAUUCUUGGGUUCCAUUCUAUGAUGAAUCAGGAUCAGUAUCACGCGUCUCUACUCAAUUCUGGACAGCCGGUCGGACUCGGCUGGGACGGUGUGACGAAAGCUAGUCAGCCGAAAGUUUACCCGAUGGAGCCGCCCAACGACACGGAUGUCGACGCUACCAUUAAACAAGUGCGGGACGACGACUCGUCUCUAACCGAUUUAAAUUGGAACAAUAUUAAAAAUAUUUCGGACGAAAAGUUCAUGCAGUUGUUCGAAGGUUUGGAAAUGAAUACGCAUCUCGAGACGCUAAGCCUGACCAACGUUGGCCUCAACGACAAGACCGCGCAACGGUUGGCCGAUGCCGUGGAGAAGAAUUCGACAGUCAGAGUACUCAACGUAGAGACGAAUUUCAUAAACCCGCCUGUGAUAGUAAAACUCAUCAGGUCGCUUCUUAAAACAAAGUCUAUCGAGGAAUUCCGAUGUUCGAAUCAGAGGUCACAAGUAUUGGGCAACAAGAUUGAGAUGGAAAUCACACAGUUGGUAGAACAAAACCCGACGUUGCUGCGACUCGGGUUGCAUCUCGAGUUCAAUGACGCUAGACACCGCGUAGCGGCGCAUCUUCAACGCAACAUCGAUAGGAAUCGCCUGCGCCGCACGGGAAGAGCUUCCCGUAACUACACCAUCGGCUGGGCCACGCACUGAUGAUGAUCGCCACGACGACGGCAACGACGACGACGACGACGACGACGACGACGACGAUGAUGACGACAAUGAUAGCGCUGAUAAACGCGUCGCGCUGCCUCCGCACGCGUACUCACACACGCGCAUACACGUGAUUACGCGGCGUCGAGCCUCCGUACUCGCGGGAUCCUCUCCUCUCUGAAAUCGCAUCAAUCGAGAGGUGAUUCGAUACGAACGCGCGGAGGCAAGGCCGGAAGCUCCGCAUGACAAAUGGAUACGUGGACGUCUCUCGGUUUUGUUGUUCUAAAUAAAUAUAUAGGCAUAUACGCGCAUACAUUUAUAUAUGAAUAUGUAUUCCUGCAUCACAUACAGAGCUAUGCCGCGCGAAAGAUACUCCAAUGACGCGUCGUGAUGUAAUAAAUUUAGGCCGUCGGGUGAACGUAUUGAUAAUGUUAAUCGAUAAUAUAUGUAUAAACACGUUGCGUAUAAUAAUAAUUGUUAAGUCGUCGAGGAUAAGUUUUACCGAGGGAAUGAUAAGGGGAGCGAACGCGCGGGUGGAGCCGAAGGGACAACCUUUUUGAUAUGAUACACGCGCCGUUCGCUUUAAAAGUAAAAAAAAAACGGCCGCUUAUCGGAUUAUUUAAAUAUUUAUACGACGGAAGGGAGGAGUUGUUUAAUUAACUCGACCAAACUUUCGACCGAGUGUGACUGGGCGAUCGGGUCCAAACCGUUCUGUGUUCUCUGCUGUGUUCAGCUCUUUUCUUUCUUCUUACGUCACGGUCCUUCUAUUUCCUUGAUCGCUGCCGCUUGACAGACCGACUCGUCGUUUCUUAAGCGGAAUAAACGAACGGCUACGUCCGGAAGAUCUCAUGCGCUCGCUGUGGCUGAGGUAAGUAUCGGAAAAUUGAUCGAUAUAAAGAUUAGAAGGCGGAAUCCCUCGGAAGAGAAUCGAGACAAUCGAGUGUAAAGUAACAAGAAUCGAUCUUAUUGCUUCUGUCUCAACUUUUUAUAUCCUUUAACUGUCGUUACAAUAUUUCCUUUAAACGUUAUUGGUCACUCAAGUGGCGAUUGUUAACGAUAUCAAUAAUUGAGCGCAAUGUGUCGUAGCAAUGUCAAAUCCAUCGUUCGGUUGCAAACGCGAAUUUUUCAUUAGGCGCAAA